ACUAAUAUUUAUUUUUUGCAGAUUAAAAUAUUCUUAAACAGGUAAUAUCGUAAUAAACAAUAAAUAUCACAACUACACAAGCAAGCAUGGGACAUUCAGCUCUUCUUGUCCUUAUCUUACUAUCGUCUCAGGUUGUCUUCCUGAACGCCAUGGGAGUGUUUUUCCUCUACAAAAUUGAUGUUACUCCAUCCCCCGGGCUCACAUUAACAGGUCAUACCGUCUCCGGGGCUUCAUCCGCUUCAGCCGCUUACACUUACAUGAACACUAUCACCACCGGGACAGUGUCUAACGUAACGAAUCCUUGUGACGCAAGCUUGUACACCAACGCAUCAGCUGCACAGACAUACCCGUGCGCAUCCGAAGCCAUCUGCAACGUGUUAAGCACAUCCAUCUUCCAGUGCAAUUGUCCGACCGGUUUUAACCAAACGGCAAGCACAGCUUCGUUUAAUACUACCGGUACAGCGGUCACUCCCGAUGGAACGAACUGUCCAGAUAUCAACGAAUGUCUAAAUACUUCGGCUUGUGGGGUGUCUGGUGCUGGUACGUGUGCGAACACCAUAGGGUCCUAUACAUGCACUUGCAAUCCCGGUUUCACGUCCCCUGCUGGGUCAUCGCCCACCUGUAUUGACACCGAUGAGUGCCUGCCUGGUGGUACCAGUAAUUGCGAUGGUAACGCAACAUGUACUAAUACACCUGGGAGUUUCACAUGUAAUUGCAAUUCCGGAUUCACGGGAAACGGGACCUCUUGUACCGACUUCGACGACUGCACAGUAUUUGCGGGAACCGUAUGCAGUGGUAAUGGUGCCUGCACCAACACUGGCAAGCGGCGGACAUUCAUGUUCUUGUAACGUUGGGUUCAACGAAGACAAUUCCACAUCCCCAGUAUCUUGUAAAAAUAUCAACGAAUGUUUGAGCAAUCCGUGUCAUAGCAGCUUGGCAACGUGUACCGAUACCACAGGUAGCUUUACUUGUGCAUGCAAUGCAGGAUACACUGGAAAUGGAACAUCUUGUACCAAUAUCGACGAAUGCACCACCGGAACGCACAACUGCGACGGCAAUGCUACUUGUGCAGAUACUCCUGGGAGUUUUACAUGCACAUGCAACACCGGCUUUGCGGGAAAUGGGGUGACGUGCACAACAACGGGAUUCAACAACUACUGUUUCCGUUCUCAAGUUUCGGUCGCAGAAGACGUAGCGGGAGCUUCUUCUAGCGCGCGCAUUGCAGCUCUUCAAACUGGUGUGACUUCUGCCUUGACCGAGUUAGUGAAUGCCGGUUUAUUUGCACACAAUGCUUCCGCAUUGAGCUUCACUUUCGAAUCCGUUAGCGGAACAUCAACGCAGAGCGAUUACAUCAUCGUAACUUGCUUUAGUCAAGCCAGCAAGACCGCCGACGAGUUUCAGGCAAUAAUUGCAAACUUUAAUUUCACAUCCAAUGUUAGUGGCAAUGCCAUAGUCAGCAAAGGAGAUUUAAACGAGUGUAUCAAUAACUACGCGAACUGCUCGACAAUUGGAUCCACUUGUACCAAUCUGAACGGAACUUUCUCAUGUGAUUGUAAUUCAACUCACGCUGAUAAGUCAUCCAUUAGCGGCCUUGGCAAGGGAUCUGUAUGCGAGCUACCCGCUUCUUUCAAUUGCACGAGUGCAGCGAUUUCUCUAGCCGCGUACAUUCCUUACUUCACCAACCUCGGUAUUAAUUCAAGCACUUUAAUGCUCGGAAGUUGCCUUGGAACACAAAACGGAGAUUUCCACGAAUUCAGUGGCAACUGCACACCAGUUAUUACAACAUCAACGGGGCAUUUGACCUAUUCUUGGAAUCUGACAAACAUAAACCAGUCCGCGACUUUUAUUUCCGGAUUUUUUGUCAAUAUACCGGUGUCUUGUAACUUCCCCACCAAUAUCAGCGCCACUUUUUCAAUCAACGUUACAAGAAAUGUUUUGACGCCACCGAUCAUACCUGUCGGAACAGGUGACAACUUCCGUUGGGAUGCCAAUGCUUACAUCGACAGCGCUUUUCAAACCCUGGUUUCUGGCACUAUUAAAACAGGCACACAGGUUUUCGUUAAAGUUAAAACCCAAGACCCUAUCCCUAGUAACGUUCAUAUCCGACUUGGUAAAGUAACCGCCUCAGACCCUAGCGAAACACAAUCCAUCGAUUUAACAACCUCGAACGGCUGCCCAUCAAAGAACUCGCAAUUUAAUGGCGUGCUGAAAGAUGUAAGGUCAACUCACAACGGUGUUAACGAUUUCGCAGCGUUUAGCUUUAAAGCUUUCUACCCUUCCAGUAGCAGAACUUUGCAAGUUAAAAUUCAAGUGUCUACCUGCACUAACACAGCCACAACAGGAAAUUCGACAUGCCAGAUAACAUGUUCCAAAAGAAGGAAGAGAACCAUCACCUUGCGCUUUAAAAGAGCAGAAGAAGAACAAACCGGGGAAACCUCACUAAUAUUUGUACGCGCAAUAGAUGAUCCGUGUACUAAAGAGUGCGGAGAUGGUGCGUGCAUCAUUAACACGAUCCUGAACAGACAAGAAUGCUUUUGCUCUAAUGAUGCACUCAAAAACACAGACGGAACUUGUUCAAAAAUACCUACAGGAAAUGGGAAUGGAAACACAGGAACAACGACCACUCAACAAGUGGACAGAACAACUCUCUACGUUCUGAUAGGGUUGGGAAGUCUUGUUUCAAUUCUUAUCAUCGUUCUGUUGGUCGCUUUCUUUUGCCGCAAACGCGCCACGGGCCAGAAAGAAUACGAACUUAGUCACGUGAACGUCAAUGCGAUCGCUUUCAUUAGUCCGGAGUUCAUAGUCACGUGUCCAUGAUUCCAAACGAUGAAUACGCGUGCACAGACGACAGGGUUCAAAAUUCUUAGCGUAUAUAUGUAGCAUACAAAACCAUACCCAUGCUUACUGUAGUUCCAUAACGAUUCGUACUAUGCAUGCUCUCAGUAGUCUAUAUGUACCCGACCCAUAGUGUCCUUAAGCAAUCAUGCCUAUAAAUAAGACUCUAGCAAAACUCUUUCAAAAAGCACAAACGCCUGGUACCCCUGGUACCUGACAACGACCAAAGAAACUGUCGCAACACAAGCAAAGGCGGAGAAAACGACGACGAGAGACGAUUACAUCUGAGGCACUUCCCGUUUAUAAUUGUAGCAUAUAUUUGCGCAUUUAUCCUACUAUACCUUCAGACUUUCAAUGCAAACAAAGAAUACAUUUGUUUUUUUCGUGUGCCUCUUUCGUCCUCUUGAGUAAAUGCCAAUUACGUG